UCAAAAUAUUAAAAUAUGAUUUAAUUGGGUGAUUAUUAUUUGCGUUAUUUUUUGUUCUUGGUUUUAUUUGGCAAUUAUGAUAUGAUUUUAUAACGAAUUUUGAAAAUUGUUUUAUAUUUACAAAAUUUGGGUUGAAAUAAUGAGUGGAGUAUACAAUUUUAUCCGUAAUUAUGACGCAAAGAGCAACGAAAAGGCGGAUAGACACUGUGAAGAUGAAUGUGAUGUACUGGAUAAAUCUAAUUCAAUUUUUGUAACAAAUAGAAAAAUAUUUGACACAUCUAAUUUUACUCUGAGCUAUGUUCAAAAUAAGAAGGAUGUUAGCAAAAAGAAUGUCAAAAUAAAAUUAUUAACUAACGUACCAGAAAGUACUUUGGAAAAUUUGCCAAUUAAAUCAUCUGGUGAACCAGAAAAAUCUGAACAUGGCGCAGAUGGAUAUGAUGAAGGUGGCGAAGAUGAAGAAGAUGAAAAGAAUGAGGACGAUGAAGAAGAAGCGCAAACACCUGAUCAAACUAAUUUUUCGUUCGAUUUUGUCAAAAAUUCCAAGACAGAAGAUGUUAAAAUAGAAUUACUAGCAAAUGAGCCAGAAACUCCAAAAGAAGAUGACGAAGAAAAAAUAGAGACCCCGCAAUUGGAUCCACGUUUUCCAAACCAAAAUCAAACCAGUCAUUGCUGGUCUGCCUAUGUUGAUUACCAUAGAUGUGUGAAUUUAUUAGGGGACGAGCAUGACGCCGCCAAAUAUUUCAAAAAAGUUUACACGUCGAUGUGUCCAAACAGAUGGGUAGAGCGAUGGGAUGAACAACGUGAAAAUGGUACAUUUCCAGCUAUUAUCGAUCGGGUUAAAUCAAAAGAAGACGAGGAAACAUGUGAUGAAACAAAAGAAGAUUUUGAGGAAUGUAAAAAAAGGCAAGAAGAAAAGCAGGCUGAAAAGGAAAUAUUGGAAAGAGAUGCAGAAGCUGAGAAGGGAAAAGCAGUUACUGAGAAAGCGAAAGAAGAAGAGACCACAAAGAAAAAGAAAAAGAGUAAGAAAUUCUUCAGAUGGUAAAAUAAUUUGUUUACCACAAAGAAUUCUGUUCAUUAUACUCCAUCAUUUUCUUUACAAUAU